CCAUCCCCCUCCCCGUCUUCCGCGUCAGGCUCGCUCCGUCUGCCCGCAUCCUUCCGCUCUCUUACCCCCCAAGUCUCGGUGUCUUGCCUCGCUCGUCGACCGACGCGGCCCCUUAACUUCAGGCGCACCUCCCGACCUGCCGCCUCUCUUCUUGGUCCAUGUUUGGCUGGCGAUCCCUGCCUUUGCUCAUCCUACUAUGGCCUCUCCAAGCUUACGCUGCUAAUUUCACCUUCACCUAUGGAGCGGCGGGUCAAUGCGACAACUUUCAAGUGUCAUGGACAGGGGGGACGGCACCGUUCACACUAACUCUGGCACCUUCCUUCGGCACCCCAAGAACCCUUAACAUCUCUGAUGAUGCCUUCCAGAAUGGCAAGGGCUCUUUCACUACGAAGCUCCCAUUCCCUGCCAAAAAGCAAUUUCUCGCCAUAAUGUCUGACUCAACCGGUUUUGCCUCUGGUGGUGUUUCUCCCGUAAUUGCCACCGGCAGCUCUGUGAGCAAGGAUGCGUGCAAUUUGACUGAUCCAGGAGUGGACUUCAUCUUCGAGGCGAAUUCCAAUCUUGCGCAGUGCCGAACAUAUACGUUCAGCGGAUACACUGGGGGUAUACAGCCCGUUACGAUCCGCGGCAUUGUGCCGGGGGGUUCGUCAUUCGUCCUCAAUCCGCCGAAAGGCCCCACAUCAUUCGACUGGAUAGCCGACGUCGCGUCGGGGACAUCGUUGGUGUUCAUCAUGACCGACUCUCAGGGUCGACAAGGUGGCAGCUCCCAAAUUUAUCAGGUGAACUUGUCGGACGAUUCAUCCUGCCUCGACAAGAGCUCGCCUGCGUCUGUCACGAACGCACCCUCAGCAACAACCACCCCCACCAACAGCGCUUCCAGCACUGCUUCGUCUACUGCGAGUGCGUCGCCGGACUCUAGCUCGUCCGGCAAAUCCAGCGCUGGUACCGUCGUAGCCGCUAUUGUCGGGUGUCUCGUGGCGGCGUUCAUUGUGGGCACUCUACUCUGGUUCUACAUUCGCCGCCAGCGCGGGGCAUCCGUCGUCAAAGGCGGAUUCUUCGGCAGGUUCCACAAGAAGGAAGUCGACCUCAUGCACGACCCCUCUCUGCCGCCCCCUGCGUCCGUCAGCCCAUACCCCCUCUACAACCGACAGGCAGGCUCGCAACAUGACGUUUCUGUUACGACGCCCAACUCCACCUUCGACCUUCUCAGUGCCCAAGCGCGUCCAGCGGGCGACCCGUUCGGCGAGGGCUCGGUGUACACCCCCUCGGCGGCGACGCUCGCGCAUCGCAUCUCCGUCGGAACAUCGCAGUUCCCUCCCCCAUCACCAUCCCACCGCCGCUCAAUGCGCGAGGGCUCCGCGCACGGCGGCUCUGCUGUUGGGCGUCCGGACGAAGGCAGCUCUGGGUCCUGGGACCAGACCAUCACGUCCGGCAUGCGCCGCAAGGCUGCUGCCGCGGGCAUGUCGCCGUACGCGCCCUCGACGCGUUUCAUCCUGCACACCGACCUCGAGGACGACCUGCCGCCACCCCCGGAAGACGAGGUCAUCGAGCUGCCGCCGCAGUACACCGAGCGCCGCGCCCUGGGACCCUCCACGUCGAGGCGGAGUGGCCCCAGCUCGUCGGGCUCGCGCUCACGACCUCUGUCGGACCCGCCGCCGCCCCCCAGCCCGACCGUGCCGACGAUGUCUCCAGCACCCGCGUAUCUGUCCGGCCACGACACGUCCGAUUUCAACGCACAGCUCUCCGGCUCUUCACGACCUUCAUAGCGCGCGGGCUAGAGUAUCCCUCAUUCGUUUCCGUGGUGUAGGGUCCUAGAUCUUCAACGCCACUCUCCCCGGAGGCGAGUCCCCCGGGGACGCGCUUUUAUGCCUGAUGUUGUAGUGCUGCCCGCUGUUGUCUCCCGGCGUGCGUUCCUGUCGAUAUCCCGUCCUGUUCUGCGCCUGCGUUAUGCCCCCCUCUCGCACCCCUCUCCAUCGUCCUCGUCAUACAUAUCCGCUCAUUUCUUACUGCCCCUUCCCCCAGCCUGCCCCUCCGCCUGCUUCGCUCUCGCCCCCGACGACCUGAUCCUAGCCCCCAGCCCUGAGGCGGGCCCGACUUCCGGAAGUUGUGUUCGUCGGACCAUGUUCUCCCCUUCACCAGGGCACCGCGUUCUACUUCUUGUUUAUUGCGUUAUCGUAUUACUUGCUCCAUAUAUCCCCCGCGGCUUUUGCGAACGAUUCGGUCAUCGCUGUAACGGUCAGCCAAUUCGCGUCGGAGGCCUACGCCACCGCGCGCAUAUGUAGUACAACGCGGACGUACCUCACCCCGGUGCCGUUCCC